AUGGCUUUGCAAAUCCAUCUUCCUAAUAGGCAGAUUGUUAGGUUCAGAGAUGAUAAUGUAAUGACAGAUAUUGUUACUAGAGAGAGUGAUAAACGAACAAUGUUGACUGCAUUUUUCGACAGAAAUAAAGAAGACGAGAGUGCAAGACAACAUUUAUAUAAAGACUUUCCAAAACAUUACACAUGGAAUGCGAGUGCACGUCGUUGGAAUCAGAGAAAACAAGGAUCAAUGAUAGGACGAUUGGUUUAUGCUAAUCCCACCGAAGGAGAGCGGUACUACCUACGCCUACUUUUAUCUCAUAUUAGUGGGCCUACAUCUUUUAAAGAUCUAUUCACAGUCAAUGACAUAUUAUACCCGACAUUUCGGAAAGCAGCACUUGAGAGAGGCUUAAUAGAGACAGACGAUAACUUAUCACAAUGUCUUGUAGAGGCUUCUUUAUUUCAGUUUCCCAAAGCUCUGAGGAGGCUAUUUGCGACAAUAUUAAUUUAUUGUGAGCCAGGAGAUGUUCGCAAGUUGUGGGAUCAGCAUUACGAUUCACUUUCAGAAGAUUAUAGACGACAAUGCGAAAGUGUUGACCAAGUUCGGAAUAUGGUCCUAACUGACAUCACAAGCUUUCUACAAUCUAUGGGUAAAAAUCUUGAUGAUUUCGAUCUUCCAAAGAUAAAUGUGUUGCAACUAAUAAUAUGCCUGGGGGGUAGAACAGCUCACUCCCGAUUUAAAAUUCCCCUUAAUCUUGAUAACAACUCCAUGUGCAACAUAAAAAAACAAAGCGGGACUGCAAAAUUGCUACGGGAUGCAAAGAUAAUCAUUUGGGACGAAGCGUCAAUAGCUAAGAGACAGGCGGUGGAGGCGCUUGAUCGAACAAUGCAAGACAUCACAGGGGUAACACUACCAUUCGGUGAAAAAAUAAUGGUUAUGGGAGGUGAUUUUAGACAGGUCUUACCGGUCAUGAGACGUGGAACCCGAGCACAGAUUGUAGAUUCAAGCCUACGAAUGUCACCUCUUUGGUCUUCAAUUAAAAAAAUACGUUUAACUCUCAAUAUGAGAGCACGAAAUGAUCCAUGGUUUUCAGAUUUUCUAUUACGAGUGGGUGAUGGAGAUGAAGAAAUGAUGGAAGAAAGCUUUAUACGUAUUCCCGAUGACAUGACCAUUGCCUAUACUGAUAAAGAUAAAUCAAAGCAUGAUUUGAUUGACGCAAUAUUUCCAUCUCUGCAAAUCAAAGGAACAGAUUCAAACAAUAUUAUUUCGAGGGCGAUAUUAUGA